AUUUAGUCGAGGAUUGCCACCAGCAACCGGCAAGUUCGACGGGCAUGUUCGGUAAAUCAAUCAAGCUGUCUUGACGACAAGAUCUAUCCAAUUACCCACGAGUCAUUUUCAGUCAUGGCUGGAACAAGUCCAUACCUUCAAUGACUCAUUUCUGGUUGGUGGGAGCAGAAGGAGCUGUGAGUCUUGACAAAGACCAAUCAUAAAGGGCGUUGACAAUCAGGCUGCCAGGAACAGGUCGGGUGAUGCAUCCAGUGAUGGUGACCGCUGACUGGUGCAAUCAACUGGGAGUCAGAGCUCAAUGAAUGAUGAUCCCGUGACCUGGAUUGUCGUCACUGUGGCCGUUUGCAUCACAGGAGUGCGGGGUUGUGGCCUCCAACCUGACAGCUGCUGCACCUACUUAGCACCAGUACCUUAUGCCUACCUACAGUACCUAGGUACCUAGAUACGUUGUUGGCAAUCGGAGGUGCGGUGUGUCAUUAAUCAUCCAGCACUUGUCUGCCUGCACCAGAAUAAAACAGGCAACCUUGGGACACUCUUUGCGCCAGAACCAGCGCAGAUAAAAGGCACAUUGUAUCCAUUGCCCAAUUGAUUAAUUGACACAGUGUGUUAUAUUAUUCAUCAAUCCCCCCGCUGACCUCGAAGGUUCGACAGCACGAUCACACUGUCCAAUUCUGAUUCGCUCCGGAUUGUGAACAGGUCGAGAGUUGGUGAACAGUGCGACGUUUGGUUACUUGCCACACUUGCCUGCUGCGCCCGAGGCCUGCCACCUGCCACACUGGUUCACUGCACCUGCCACCCCCAGGCCUACCACGCGGCCCAGUGCCUAGCACCUUCCUUCACCACUUUGCCGCCGCAGCCUAAUCACGACUUCCUACCAGUUACACGUCCAUCCCUCAUCCCUCAUCCUUCAUUCCCUCACCGACCAACCUCCCCUCCAUCCAUCUACCACUCCAUCAUCCUUUGCAAUCCCCACAUCCUCAAUUCAACUUGUCAUCGACAACAACCACUCAUCGCCAGAUCGUACACCAUCCCCAACUUCAUCCUCGAAACUCCCGAUCUCUCGCGUCAUUCAUCAUGCGUUCCAAGUUCAAGGACGAGCACCCUUUUGAGAAGCGCAAGGCAGAAGCCGAACGCAUUCGUCAAAAGUAUGCCGAUCGCAUCCCUGUCAUCUGCGAAAAGGUCGAGAAAUCUGACAUCGCUACCAUCGAUAAGAAGAAAUACCUCGUCCCGGCCGACCUCACGGUUGGCCAAUUCGUAUAUGUUAUUCGCAAACGAAUAAAGCUCAGCCCUGAAAAAGCCAUCUUCAUCUUCGUCGAUGAAGUCUUACCCCCCACUGCAGCCCUCAUGAGCAGCAUCUAUGAGGAACACAAGGACGAGGACGGUUUCUUGUACAUCACGUACGUUCGAUUCCCCUGACCCCAUAACCCCACACACAUAGCUCUUUUUGUCUUGACAUGCUGACUGUUUCAUAGGUACUCUGGAGAAAACACCUUCGGACGAUCCUGAGAAAUCUGCACCACUUUUGACAACUCGUGGCUGGCCAAAACAGCCGAGAUGUAGGUGUGCCGCUUCAACCAGUGAGGUUGAUGAUCUGACGGGUUCAUAUCUUGGUUUACAAUCGUCUUUCCCCGGUGCAGGGCAUUGAGCAUCAUGAUACGUGGUAUGGUCGCGGGAGCAAGAUGUAGCCCCAGUGCAAGAACGAGGCAUCCAAGACAUCACACCGUGGAGGAGGUUUCGAGAUGCUGAUACUGUUUGUAUGAGAGCCUAACCAUUGAACAAAUCAUAUGCUUUCCUCCUCGUUCCAAAACAUGAUGUGUCCCGUCGGCAGCAUGACUUAUGCCGGUCUUGACAAACAGGUAUGAGAUCUGAUGAGCAAUGUUUAUUGUUCACGCGUGUGGACGUCUGACACACAGGAGGCAAGAAUGGGACACAUAUUUACUCAAACAGUCCAGUCUGGGCUCGACUUGAUCUCUAUGGCAUCCAAGAAUAGGUAGGACGGGAGACGACAGGCCAAGCAGCAACUCCUCCCCUCUAUCAGAGUCAUACCCGGAAGUCAACCUCAAGUCUAGGCGAAUUGAGGACCCACACAACGACGCGGUCACAGAGUCUUCGAGUAAAUGUUACCCUUGUGACUCGCCUCGAAGAGCCGAAUCGCAUCCAUACCCAUGAUAAAUGUGAUACUUCCACAGUUGACUGCAACUCUGAUUUAACGCCAUGUUCUUUUCGAGGGACUGUGAUGGAAUGUGUGCUCAAACAAUCGUGAACCUAGACAUGCAUCCGACCGCUGCCGUUUAGGUCAGUGGAUCUGGGAGCAGUGUAAAACAAUGCGGGUUCGAGCUGAUUUCUGAGUCCCAUAUCUGCUUUCUACAAAGGCCGAGUUGAUAACGAUGGUUACAGAUUCUCAUUAUGAGCAAGCAUCCAGGGCAAUUUACAUGGCACUUUGUGAGGUCACGACCAGAUUGGUAAUGAACGUGUCAUUUAUUAGUUUUGAGAAGAAACUCGUGACAGUGGAAAAAGCAGUGCAUUCCAAUCAGGCGUUCUUUAUUACUUUCACAGGAUAGCAUAGCGUUCAUCCUCCACUUGCUUUGGCUGCCAAGGUUCAGGCCGCAUGAGGUCCGCCGUGGCAUCUUGUUUUGGUAUCGACUUGAAGAUAUCCCAACGCGCUUGUGGCGACAUGAAUCAUACAUUAUGCGCCAAUCGUCCACAACUACUUGCCCAGGAGAGCGAAUGCCGGAUUUUCAUGAUCGACCAAGGACGUUCGGUUCCGCUCGAGGCAGAUGCAGGUGAAGUUGAAGGUGAACGUGCG